CCUUCAAGAAUGGAAAUCCAUCACUGAGGAUUUCGGUUCGUCGUCACAGGAGGUUCAUCGCAACACUAGUCACAAAUUGGAAGCAUUCCAAUGCAACGUUGAGGAUUGUUGAUGCAUCGAAGCUAUUGUCAAUUCGCUAUGAGGCGAGCUGUGCAACGCGGUUCUGUGCGCCGAAUCCUCGUGGCAUUGAGGGAUGGCGUGCGUGGUGAUGAGUGCGUUAGGGCUGCCGAUCGGGCUGAUGGGCUGUGGUCAGGGAAGUCCAAAAGGACCUUCGCAUCGCAUGGAUGUGAAUGGAUACCUGCAGGGAUCAAGCCAUGUUAUGUUAAAGGGGAUAGACACUGCUUUACAACAAGUACUGAUUUCAGAAGCAAGGAAGCAGAUUCAUCUAUUAAGCGUGUGCCCGUGAAAGUUGGAGCCGAGUUAAGGAUAUGUGUCGCUGAUAUAAAUGUAGAUGUAGAUGUGGCGACGGGAGACAGUCUGGAAGAAAUUGUACUAGAGGCACUUUGGAAAGAUGGACGCAGUGCUGAUCACUGGUCUGAUUUUCAACUGAUAGAGUCUUCAGAUUGCGUCAAGUUGCAAAACGUUAGAGGCACUCGAGGACAUGGAGAUCCAGUACCAGAGGGUAUCAGGGCAGCCAUGCCUGCACGCUGGUGCGGCUUAUUUGUGCAGGCUAAGCAGAAUCCAGUUCGUAUUCAAAGUUUGAGGGAAGGAAACUUGAAUGUUGAGACCUCUGGUGGCGACGUUACACUUGGUGAUAUGCGGGGAGGAAAGGCCAAAAUUUUGACCAAUGGCGGUUGUUUCACAGCUGACUUGGUUUCUGCGGAUUCAGUGGUAAAGACAGCGGGAGGUGAUGUUUCUAUUAAACGACUGGUGGGCACAACCAUUGAUGUCGAUACUAAUGGAGGCGACAUGUACAUUGGAUCUCUUUAUGGCAACGAUGUGGUGAUGAAAUUAAGCGGUGGCUCAUUUGAAGCGAAGCAUAUCCAGGCACAAGAUAGUGCUUUGAUAUCAACGAAAGGCGGAUCAGUCCAGAUAACUGGAAUUGAUGGUAAGGCAAGCAUUGUAACACGUGGAGGUGAUGUAUCAUUGCAACUACACGAGCAUGCUCGAGAGAUCAAUAUAGACGCAAGUGAGGGGAAUGUGACGUUGUACUUUUCCAACAAUCUUUCUGCCCAGGUGGAGUACAAUGGAGGAAAAAAUAUUCACCAGACUUCGCAAUUACUGGUUGCUACACCUUUGCCAGCCCAAUAUGUCUUUGUAGGUCAAGAAUCUGGCAAUUGGAUGCAUGGAGAUGACAGUCGUGCCAACAGAGCAGAAGAGGCAUCCCAAGCUAGCGCAGAAGUUCCUCAAUUGUGUAAAAUAAAGAUAAUUUCUUCAGGGUCUUUGCACGUCAAAAUGCGAAGCUGGAUUGAUGUGGCUAUGGCCAGUAGCGUACCCAACUUUGUCAAGUGGUAGUCUUGGAGGAUGAUACGCCUCUUUUCAUAAGAAUUUGCCUCAACUGUAGUCCUCUCCUUGUUAUGACUCUAUACAUUCUCAAAUUAUUGUAUUUGUGUGA